UACGUGGUACUUCUGAUGGCAAUUUACUGGUGUACAGAAGCUCUCCCACUGGCUGUUACUGCCCUGCUACCAAUCUGUCUUUUUCCCACCAUGGGUAUUUUGCCCUCCAAAAAGGUUUGUCCUCAAUACUUCCUGGAGACUAACUUUCUCUUUUUGAGUGGCCUAGUAAUGGCAUCAGCAGUGGAAGAAUGGGGCUUACACAAACGCAUUGCGCUCAGGGUGCUCAAGAUUGUUGGUGUGAAACCAACCUGGUUAAUUUUGGGGAUGAUGAUAACGUCUUCGAGUCUAUCCAUGUGGUUGAGUAACUCUGCUACUACAGCUAUGAUGUUACCAAUUGCUAACGCCAUUUUGGAAAGCCUGUUCGGCGACCUGGAGACUCUAAAAAAGAACAGCAGAGUCAAAGAGGAUCCUGAGGGAAAUUCUCAGGUGAAGCUGCAUGCACUGCCAUCUGAAAAACACGCACUGUCUACAGAUGAUAGGAGUGACGAAGUAGAAAAAGUGGAGCAGAGGAGUCAGGAAGACGUCAGGAAGGAGGCGGAAAAUUAUCUGAAAGUAUGGAAAGGAUUUCUCAUUUGUAUUCCCUAUGCUGCCAGUAUUGGUGGAACAGCAACUCUUACUGGAACUGCGCCCAACCUCAUUUUAAUCGGACAGCUAAAGAGUUAUUUCCCAGAUUGUGACAUGAUCAAUUUUGGCACAUGGUUUGUCUUCGCCUUCCCACUUAUGGUGAUUUUCCUUCUGGUGUCAUGGAUUUGGAUUGCCUACCUCUAUGGAGGACUCACCACACGAUUGUGUAUAAACAAACAAGACCAUUCAGCUGCUGAAGCCAAGGCUAUUGCGGUCAUUGAUGAGGACUACAGAAAGCUUGGACCCAUGAAUUUUGCAGAAAGAGCCAUCUCAUUCUUCUUUAUCCUGUUUGUGUUCCUCCUGUUUACCAGAGACCCGAAAUUUGUCAAUGGGUGGUCCAUAUUCUUCAACAAAGAGUAUGUGUCAGACGCUGUCACAGGAGUCAUCAUUAUCUGCAUCCUGUUCUUUUUUCCUUCCCAGUGUCCCUCACUGCGCUGGUGGUUCAACCCUCAAGCCUCCAGCACUCCUUAUGUUCCUCUGUUAUCAUGGAAAAGGGUUCAGGAAUAUGUGCCAUGGAACAUUAUCCUGCUGCUGGGUGGAGGCUUUGCCAUGGCUAAAGGUUGUGAGGAGUCUGGUCUGGCAGUGUGGAUUGGAGGACGUUUGCAACCAUUAGCUCAGGUUCCUCCUCCUGUAGCUGUGGUUCUCAUCACAGCUUUCAUUGCCUGCUUUACAGAGUUUGCCAGUAACACUGCCACCAUCAUAAUCUUCCUCCCAGUUAUUGCUGAACUGGCCAUUAAUGUGCAGGUGAACCCUCUCUACUUCAUGAUUCCGGCAGCUGUAGGUUGCUCAUAUGCCUUCAUGCUUCCUGUUUCAACCCCACCCAACUCCAUUGCCUUUGCAUCCGGACACCUAAUGGUUAAAGACAUGGUGAAAACAGGGUUCAUGAUGAACAUCCUGGGGAUAUUGUGUGUGUCCCUGGCUAUGAACACAUGGGGAAAGCACAUGUUCUCUUUACACACUUACCCCGACUGGGCCAAACCUUUAAACUCUACAGAAAGCAUCUCAUCAGCAGUUAAUAUGACUGGGUAG